AAACCACUUUAAUAAACACAUUGCAUUAUUGAAUUCAAAUCUAUGUCUCCUCUGGUUGUUGCUCUAAAAAUAAAAUAAUUGUAAUCCUUAACGCGCAUGAAAACACGAACGGCACGAGAAUUUUCACAACCCUUUACAAACGAAAGAAAAAAAUGAAUUAAAAAAAUAUUUGUUGAAUAUAGACAAAUUUAAACUAAAACUUUCUACCCCACUAUAUUUUGGCGAACAGAAAGUAAUAAAUUGCUUCACAUCAAGAAAAGAACGAACAGUGUUGGUCAGCGCCCCGUUGCAUUGUGGGACUUACAGUGUGUGCCACAUCUCCGUUCCGUAAAGCAACUUUGUCCAGUCACACUGAGCCAGCGGGAUGGAUUAAACUCCUCUCCUCUACAAUACUUUACCUUCACUCUUUUUUUAAAUAGCUCGACGCUAAACCAGGACAGACGUGGAUAUCACGAGAAGAUAAAGUUCGACAACUAGCCAACAGAAAUGUAUGGCUCGUUAGACGAAGGGUUGUGGAAAUUAGCCAACCGAGCUAGCAGUCGGUCUGACUGAGGAAAGUGUUAUUCUUUUGAGCGUUUGGACCGUAGACAGCGUGAGACCGUCACAGAGGGCUUUUAUCAUCAUGUCGCUUUUGUUAACUCGCUUUUUAGGCACUGCAGCGCGGGACUCUAGGAGUGACGGAGAGCUGGGUUUGAAUUUGAUAUCAGCUUUCAGUUAAAGGAGAUUGUUUGUCUUCUUGUUGUUAUUUUUUUUUACUCUAAACUUUUCAAAUGACGAGCUCGAUGCAUUGAAUGAUCGAAGGAUGUCCGGCUCGGGAAGUUGGUCCUCCUAUCUGGGUGUGGAGGACCCUCAGUGGCUCUGCAUGCUGACUCUGUUCGUCGCAUCCCUGGUGACUCUCGCGCUGCAUUUCGCCCAGUAUUUCCAACACUGGCUGGUAGGAAACGAGCCGGCAGCAGCAGAGGAGGAGGAGGAAGAAGAAGAAGAAGCAGCUGCUCUGCUGGGAUGGGCGCUGUCUCUGAAGAGCUGGAAGAAACAGUGGAGGGCAGUUUGGUGCAAAGCUUUGAAUGACAGGUCCAGGGAGCGCGAGGAAAAUGUCUUGCUGACAUUUGAAGAGGACGGUCUGGAGGCGUCCGAUCUCACCGUCAGCAAAGUGUCCAGCUUUCAGAAGUCUGCUGGAAGGAAGAUGGCUGGCUGCAGUGUGAUUGGGGAGAAGCUGCAGUUUUCGGUCACAGCUGCAUCAGCGGCUGCAGCAGAUCCCUGUAAAUAUACAGCACGCAUCGCCACGCUGGAGCUGCAGCUUCAUCUCCACUUGCAAGAAGCUGAAGAUGAGAUGAAAGUGAGCUGGAAGGUCUCCCAUCUGGACGCAGAAGACCUGCAGCUGACGCCUGCAGUCACUCAUGACCUCAACAACAGGUGCAGCACAGACGUCCUGAAGAAGCAGCUUGCAGAUCUUUUCUGCAGAACUCAUCCCUCCGUGUUGCUGAGCUGCAGACCUGCUCAGGCCUCAGAGGUCAAGGACACUUGUGAAAAGGGGGUGUCGCCCCCAAAGCCCCCACGUGCCCACGACUGGAAACUUCUUGUGAAGAACAUCAGAGUGACGCUGAACCAGGAGGACGAUGCUGCAGGCAGCAUGAACCCUCUGUGUGUCCUGUGGUUGGAUGAACCUCUGCAGAAGUUUAGCACCUCUGUGCUGAAGAGCACAGCGAGUCCAGCGUGGGACCAGCCUUUUGUUUUUGAAUUGAAUGGACGAUCAAAAGAGCUGAAUGUUCAGGUGAUGAAUGACGGAAUGCCCCAACAAGACUCCUUACUAGGUCAGGCGUCUGUGCCUUUUGAUCUAGUGAAGAAGCAGCCCAAAGGACAGCAUACUUUUGCACUGAAGACCAAAGACAAAGUGACUGGAUCACUAACUACUGAUUUGACCUACCUGGACCCCAAUGAGGUGAGGUCCUGGCAGCCUCCCACUCCAGCUUCCAGUAAAAGGGUGGAGAUGGACCGCACAGUCAUGCCCUGUGGAACAGUGGUCACCACCAUCACUGCAGUGAAGAGCAAGCCGGGGCGCCCUCAUCCACUUAACAUUGAUCCGGCCCAGAACUUGGCAGCGAACAAGUUGAAGCUCACAGAGCGCCGCGUGUCGGAGCAGGUUUCUAUGCUGGGGGGCAUCGUGAGUAAGGCCUUGUCCUCCUCUGACACGGAGCUGUUGAUGCUCAAUGGCACGGAUCCGGUGGCAGAAGCGGCAAUCAGACAGCUCCACCAGUCUGCCAAACAGAAGCUCAAGUCUCCUGUGAAGAAGAGUACCAUCAUUAUCUCAGGCAUCGCCAAAACCCCUUUGUCUCAGGAUGAUGAACUGGCUUUAAUGGCGGGCUAUGCUGCAGCCAUGGAUGCCUCGAUGUCAGAUAGCAGCUCUACUCAGGACUUGACCCCCGCUAUUAUGUCAGGAACUAGCAGUGCUCCCGAGGAAUCCCAGCCUGGGGAUGGGCCCACUGGGGUUGGUCAGCCUCCAGAUGACUGGGAGAGUCAGACCGGAGAGGAAAUGGACCACACGUCGCUUUCCAUGUGUGUGUCUGAGGCAAGCUGCAAAAAGACCAGAGGCAGCUUUCUUCAGAAGAGUGCCAGGCUCUUCUUCCGGCGGCGCCACCAGCGGAAAGACCCGGGCAUGAGCCAGUCCCACAACGACCUGGUCUACCUGGAGUCUGCUGCCGCCGUGGAGCGGAUCAGCCGCACCGCCACCAUCGGCCGCAUGCUCAGCCGCAAGAGUAAAAGCAAGAGCAAAGCUAAUGGCUCUGCCGCCACAGCGGAGCCACACGAUUGAUACCCAAGUCCAGCCUUUGGCUGCCAACACCGCCUCCAUCCAAAAGCCGAAGUGGCUAACCUCUGCCUCUCGUGUCCAUCCAGCACUGGAGCUCCUGCACUGUGAAUGUGUGAAUGCCGUGCAGGUGGAAACGCCUUUUACUUCUCGCCAUUUCUCUAAACUGCUUCUUUAAAAAAAAAAGGACACUUUCAUCAAAGUGUGGAUGAAAGAGGUUGUUUGCACGAUUCAUUCUCUUUGGUUUCAUGCAGCCCUCUGAAGCCCCUGCUGCACACAGAGGAGGAUGGUGCAGAGUGAUGACAGGAACUUCUAUUGAAGAUAAGCUUCAUAUUUAAAAUAUUCUCAAGGAAAAACCAGUUCCAGGCAGAUACAGUGAGGGAUAUAAUACGACUACUUUGACACUAAUUUUAGGACCUAAACGAGGAUUUCAUGUAUACCAAACAUGAACUAUUAUUUUAAAUUAAAGUGUGGUAGUUUUGUUAUUCUGCCGCAGUGCUUUGUUUGAAUCGGUCUUCAGUGUACGGGUCAGGAAAAAAUGAGCUCUGAAACUCAGCUAUCAGUUUUUCCUUCAAUGAUAAAGGUGUGAGACUGAAGCAUACGGAAAGAGGACAUGAAAGCUGUGAGAUGAUGAAAGCUAUCAAAUACCUACAGGGGAGAAAACGAGUAUUUGAACCCUUGCUGUGUUUAUAGGUUUGCCCACUCGUGACCUUGGUCUGCUUCUUCUUCAGCCGUUACUUGGUUGCUUUGACUGUAUGUUUUGGGUUUUUGAGUUUCCCACAUUAAGCCUCCUGGUAGAGGAGGGGAGGUUCUCAAGUAGGAUUUGAUGGUACAUGGCUCCGCCCAUCCUCCCUUCCACAUGGUAGUGAAGUAACCCUUUGAAGAAAAAUACCCCAAAUCAUGAUGUUUCCACCUCCGUGCCUGACAGUGGGUGUGGUGUUCUUGGGAUCACAGGCAGCAUUUCUCUUCCUCCAAACACAACGGGGUGGAGUUGAUGCCAAAGAGCCCCUUGUUGGUCUAAUCUGACCACUGAAUUAUGAAGGUGUUCAUUGGUAAACUUCAGGCAGGUCUUCACAUGUGCCGUCUUCAGCAGGAGGACUUAGCGGGCUCUGCAAGACGUUGUACUAUUGCAGAGUCAAGUAUCCCCAAUGGUUUUCUUGGUGACUGUGGUUCCAGCUGCUUUCAGAUCAUCAACUAACUCCUGGCGUGUUGUUUUCAUUUCUCUCUGUUCUCAUGAUCAUGGAAACCCCACCAGGUCAGAUCUGGUUUGGAGCCUAAAGGAUUGAUGGUCAUGUUGCACCAACAGUUGUGACCUUAACCUCCAGCUUCUUGCUGAUGGUUUUGUAGUCCAUUCUGGUCUUGUGCAGGUCUACAAUCUUCUCCCUUAAAUCCACUGAAAGAACUUUAGUCUUUCCCAUGUUGGAGGGUUUGGACUCUGACUGAUGGACUGAUUCUUUGGACAGGUGUCUUUUCUACAGGUGAUUAGUUCUAACAGGUGUCUUCAGUUCAGAUGUCAGGUUGAUUAGGAGAGUCUAGCUGGUCUGUGUGGACCAGAACUCUUAAUGGUUACUAGGGAUUAAAAAUUUCUUCUUAAAAAAUUAUUUCUUAAGUGGGCAAAUCUACAAAAUCAGCAAGGGAUCAAAAACGUAUUUCCUCCACUGUAGCCAUGUGUAAACAGAUUUUGGUGGCUGGCGUAAGCAGAAAUCGCAUCAUGUUUCAGCCAGUUUCAGGAUCUUAUGACGUGGAAACGCCCCAGUCCCUUUCCUCACAGAGGAACUCCUCACCGUUUGUCCUCCUAAGGGAUUUGUCGAAAGGGAAUUUAGGACUGAGAGACUGAGGUUCUCUGCUGCAGCUGAAGGAGCUCUCAGCUCCUCCGAUGUUCUUCCAGCUCAAGCAAACAAAGUGUUUGAGAACAACCUGCUCUUUGUGUAAUACAGCUAAUGAUUGUAUCUGUUUCCGCCUUUGCUGCUGCCGUUCUGCUUGGAUGCUCCUUGUGACAGACGUGACCCAAUCGCCUCAGGGUCAAAGAAAGAACGAUGUCACGCUCACUUCAGACCAGGGCUCCUCAACUUUGGUCCUUCCUGCCCGUCUCCAGCUCCUCCUGCACUUCUUGCUGCUCAUUACCUGGAUUGGGUGCUCAGCCAAUGGGAACAUGGAAACACCUGAGUCAGCUAGUGAGCAGCGAGGGGAAGGGGGGGUGGCGGAUCUCAAAGACCAGGUUUGAGCAGCCCUGAUGGAGACCAGCCUGACUGCAGCUUAACUUGCAUUUCUCAUCAGGUAGAGCUGCAGCGCCGUCGGGUGUUGCUGGUUCUAAAAGCCGAGCAUCAGCUGCACGUUCAGCAAUCUCAGAUCAAGACGCCAAAGCACCUGACAUAUGAGUUUUCUGGCUGUCUACUCCACCAGAGGAUUAAAAACCCUUCAUAAACGUCUUCAUCCGUGUGUUUUGGUGCAAACAUUACAACAAUUUGAUUUGGCGAAAGUCCAGCUUCUGAAGAAAACCCCUUCAUGACUUUGAGGAUCAGAAGGGAAAGCGGGUAGCUUUAAUCACGUUGUCGCAGCCUGUGAGCUGCUGCUGUGCAUGCGUGUGAGAAGCAUGUGGACUUCCUCUGCUUGGUCAUUGAGUUUCAGUUUUAGUGUUUUCUCCUUUUGCCCUGUGCACAGAUAGCAGCUGGUUUUUUACUGCCCCUUCAGUGCCACUGCAGGCACUCCUGACGGACUGCUUCACCUUCAGCAAUAAAUAUGCAGUGAAUACUAA